AUGACGUCCAGGAGUGAGGUGUGGCUCAUCAGGAGGAUUCAGUUCAGCUGUGCUCCUCAGCAGCCUGGAAGAGAGGAGGAGGAGGGGCAGUGUCCAGUCAAUCACCAGAGCUGGGUGAUCCUGGCUGCUUUUUCCCUCUUCAGGCUGGCAGCCGUGACAUCAGGAAACAAGCGGCUGGAGUUUUCUGUUGUCCUGAUCUUCCUUCUCCAAGAGGAACAUUGUCCUUCUCUUCAGAAGAUUCUAUCAAACCUGUUUUCUGUCACAAACUCAUGCUGCAGCUCAGAAAAUGAGGUCGAAACGUUGACGGCCCACUGGAAUCUGUACAUCAGUCUGGGGUUUUUUUUGGUGGGAAUCAUGGUGGUGCCCCUCCUGGGUUCAUGGAGCGACAUGGCGGGCCGCAGACCCGUCCUCAUCCUCCCUAACAUUGGCCUGGCUCUCCAGGCGGUGGUCUACCUAGUGGUGAUGUACCUCAAGCUGCCCGUGGUCUACUUCCUGGUGGGCAGGCUGCUCAGUGGCCUCUCAGGUGACUUUAACGCCAUCCUGGCUGGCUGUUUUGCAUAUGUGGCAGACAUCAGUGAUAGGAAGUCCCGCACCUUCAGGGUGGCGGUGUUGGAGGCAUCUCUGGGUCUUUCAGGGAUGUUGGCCAGCAUCAUUGGAGGCCAGUGGAGGCGGGCACAAGGCUACAUCAACCCCUUCUGGUUGGUCCUGGCCACCAACGUGGCCUCAGCUCUCUAUACCUUCCUGUUUGUCCAUGAGUCCGUGUACCCAGACCCAAGCGCAAAGCUCCUCACCGCUCGCCACCACAAAGCCGUGUGGCACCUGUACUCCACAGGUGGCAGCAGCAGCGAGGACGGGGGGCGACUUCGGCGCUGUAAGCUGUGGCUCUACACGCUGUGCUUCUUUCUGGUAGUGACAGUUCACUUUGGCAGCAGGGAGCUUUUUGUGCUGUACGAGCUGAGCUCCCCGCUCUGCUGGGGCUCGGCCCUGAUUGGCUACGGGUCUGCAGCGCAGCAUCUGGCCUACUUGAGCAGUCUGCUGGGCCUGAAGGUCAUGCAGCGCUGCCUGAAGGACUCCUGGGUGGCUCUUGUGGGUCUGGCCUCUAACAUAACCGGUCUGGUGGUCUUCUCUGUAGCUGAUACCACUGAGCUCAUGUUCACUGGUUAUGGUCUGUGCUUCCUCUUCAUGGCUGCCACUCCCGUGCUCAGGUCAAAGCUGUCCAAGCUGGUGGGCCCAUCAGAACAAGGUGCCCUGUUUGCCUCCGUCGCCUGCGUGGAGAGCUUAUGUUUCCUGGUGGGCAGCAGCCUCUUUAACUCCCUCUACCCAGCCUCUCUUCACUUCAUGAAGGGCUUCCCCUUCCUUUUUGCUGCCCUCGUUCUCUUCAUCCCUGCUGGAAUAAUCGGGGCGGUGCAGUGUUUCGACCAGAGGAGGAAUCAGAGAGACGCUCCAGUUUCCUGACAUCCCGAUAUCGCUCCGUGACCUCAGCAGAUCCGACAUCAUGUCUGGGAUUCCAGGAGAAACUUUAAUCCUAAUAUAGAAAUGAGGAUUUGUUUUUUGUUUGGUGGUGGAAUUAUUCCAGUAACACCAAAGAAAUAAUGUGCUUAAAUAUCCAACAUUUCCAAUGAUUCAUAUGAGUUUUAUUAGCUGGAAGAUCAGACCCAGAAAAAUAUUGUUGAACAGCCUAAGUUUGGAGAAAUAGAAUUUGUUUGAGACUCUAAUGAACAAGUUAACUGCAGCUCACAGUGAGCCAGGUCCAGAUUAAAUUACUGCUGUCUUUAAACAUCUCUAAUCCUUCAAUAGGCAUAAUGGUUCAUGCUCAUCCUGUUAAAAACCUUUAGCUUCCCUAUUUGUCUGAAUUUACAGUCACUUAGACGGACUACCAAAGAUAUUUACAGCGCGUUCACUCCAAAUUCUGUAUUUCUGCAUGAAUAAUAUAUGAAAUGUUUGUUUGCAAGAAUGUAUUGGAGUUGUUAUAAGGUGGCAGUAUUCUACUUUAAUCCUGUUCUCAUUGUGACUAGCCGUUUGCUUCAAUUUAUCUCUAUUUUUCCAGAUCGAGGUUAUUCUAACGUAUGAUUUAUUCCUAACGUUUUUAAAGAUUCCAACAUCAAAAGAAAAGCACGAUUCUUAGAUGAUAAAAAGAUUUUCUGCAGCAUUUUUAUCCAUUCACAGAAACGCUAACUCACCUGAAACAGGUGUGAUUACUGAUUACAUUUGUAAUCAAAGGAGACCAAAACUUUUUAUGCACAACACAGAUGAUCUCUAUAAUUUUAUGAAUUUUAAAAUAAUGUUUUUUAAUGAUUUUAUAUUUUUUAAAAGUGUUUUCUUGUACAAAACUUUGGCGUUAGCUUUUACAUGGUGUUGGUAGUUUGUUUGACAAUGUGAUCACAUUUUGUUGUGAAAAUGAUGAAAUAAUUGUUUUUCUCUGAUUAAAAGUUGAAUUGUCUGUCUUUAACUCAUUCACUGCCAUUGACAACUAAAGUCGUCAUUUUAGAUCCAACCGUUCACUGCCAGUGACGACUAAAGUCGUCAUUUGCAUUUUUUUACUGUUUGAGCAUCGGAACGAGCCCCCGCGCUGAGAGAACAAACAUCUCAGCCCUGAAGCCGAUCUUCAUCCGCAUACGUCACAGAUCACAU